AUGUUCCUCACCAGACAUUUCCCUUGCCCUCUGACCGUAACAUUCACGCUGUUAUUAGAAGAAUCCCAGCGUCAACCUGAGCAUCAAAUCAAAGAUGAGCUCGCACAGAAGGGAUAUACUCCCCUCCACGUAAUUCGCUUGAAGUGCAACGGCGGCGUGCGCAUGCCUUUGGUGGUGGUGAUCCUACCGAAGACAGAGAAGUCACAGCAAGUGUUCAACGAAAAUGAACUGCUUGGGGUUCUCUAUCAGAUUUAA